AUGUGUUCUUUCAUGAAGGAAAUUCAUGUAUCACUAGCAAUAACUUUUCUCAUCUCAGUCUCAUUGACAAAUAUUGUCCAUGGCCUGGAUGCCAAAGCUGUCAUUGACUCUCCUCUUUUGACACAAAAAAUUGGCACCAACAGGACGAUUAAGGUUGAUGUUAAUGGCAAUGGAGAAUUCAAAUCUGUUCAAGCUGCUAUAGACUCUGUUCCUGAAGGCAAUUCUCAAUGGAUUAUUAUCCACCUUAGGAAAGGGGUCUUCAGAGAGAAGGUGCAUAUACCACCAAACAAACCAUAUAUUUUCUUGAGAGGAAACGGUAGAGGAAGGACUCAUAUUGUUUGGUCUCAAAGCUCAAGUGACAAUGUUGAGUCAGCAACGUUCAAGGUUGAAUCUCCCCACUUCAUUGCCUUCGGUAUUAGCUUCAAGAAUGACGCUCCUACUGGGGUGGCAUACACAUCUCAAAAUCAAUCAGUGGCAGCAUUUGUGGCUGCAGACAAGGUUGCGUUUUACCAUUGUGCAUUCUAUAGUACUCACAACACUCUCUUUGAUUACAAAGGCAGACACUACUACGAUAAUUGCUAUAUUCAAGGAUCUGUCGACUUCAUUUUUGGCCGUGGAAGAUCUAUAUUUCACAGCUGUGAGAUAUUUGUGAUCUCGGACAAAAGAUUGGCGAUACAUGGGUCGAUCACAGCACAUAACAGGGAGAAUCCAACGGACAAUAGUGGGUUUGUGUUUGUCAAAGGAAAGGUUUAUGGUACAGACGAUGUGUACUUAGGAAGAGCAAAGGGCCCUUAUUCUAGGACCAUCUUUGCCAAGACCUACCUUUCUAGGACCAUUGUCCCACACGGUUGGACUGACUGGAGCAGUGGAGCCAACAGCUCAGAGAACUUGUUCCAGGCAGAGUUCAAAACCCAUGGACCAGGAGCAGACACGGAUUAUCGGGCUCCUUGGUCGAAGCAGCUGACAGAAGAAGAGGUUGCUCCAUUCAUCUCCAUUGAUUUCAUUGAUGGCGUGGAUUGGCUACCAGUUUGGCUAUGA